AACUUAGUUAUGAAAAUAAUACUUUUAGUUGCAAUGCGUAGCUGGGCAUGGCAAAUGUGCACCGAACUCGGCUACUUCCAAACUACUGACAGUAAUCAAUCUACCAUCUUUGGCAGGACGCUUCCAGUGGAGUUCUUCUCCAAUCAAUGUGUUGAUCUCUUCGGUCAAGGGUAUACACUCGCCUUUACGUACGACGGAGUUGCUGGAGUACGGAAAAAAUACGGUGGAGCGUCUGCUUAUCGGGGUACAAACGUUGUGUUUCCUAACGGUUCCAUCGACCCUUGGAAAUCACUCGGCGUUCUACACUCAGAUAUCAAUAAAAACGUCGACGCCUUCAUGAUUGAAGGAGCAGCACACUGUUCGGACAUGUAUCCAGCGUCGUCAAACGAUACGGUCGCCCUAGAACUGGCCAGGCAACGUAUUCUGUACAAUUUGCAGAGAUGGAUAAUGGAAGCUCAUAGUUCAGCAAGUACCAUUGUUGUGGUUGUAUUUUCUUUGCACUCAGUCAAACAUUCUAUUUGCUGUACCAUUUCAACAUUCAGUCUCGUUCGAGUUAUAAAAGGAUCAUUUUAG